AUGUUGCGACGCGUCGCGCGCGUCGUCGCGAGACGCGCGCGAGGGGCGCGAACGAGCGCGCUCGAAGAAAUCGCCGAUCGCGUCGACGCCGCCAGCCCUAACGUCGGCAUCGUAAACUUUGCGCGCGCGCGUCCGUUCGCGACGGAGACGUCGAACGAGGACGCGACGACGACGAGCGAGGGUGUGAAUGAGGCACCGGUGGAGACGCCGGAGGAAAAAGCGCGAAGACGGAUGAGCGCGAGCGCGAGAAGAUCUCGCGAGGUGGCCGAGAGCGGCGGCGCGCGGAGAGAGACCUGGGGAUGGUUGUACGAUCUUACCGAGCUCGGGGAGACGGCGGAACGGUGGACGAACGGAGAUAACGCGCGAUUGAGCGAUCGAGCGAAGACGCAGAUGUACGCGCUCAACGCGGAGGAUCCGGAGACGUGGACGGUUGAGGCGCUCGCGGGUAAAUAUCGCGUGCGGGAGCAGCGGGUGGGGGCGAUUCUGGCGCUGAAGAAACGCGAGGAAGCGGCGGUGCGAGAGAACCAGACGCUUUUUCACGACGCAGAGACGGCGAUGGAGCGAGCGGCUGGGACGGUGGAGGCUGGGAACGGGGAGAGGCACGUGUACGAUGCGCCGACGAUGCCUCACUUUCAGACGGUGAGCGCGUUCGAGCACGGACGCGCGGCAAAGCCGAAGCGGUUCAUCGAGGCGAGCGAGCUGGCUAAGCAGCAGGAGCGUAUAUUGGUACGCGACUUCUUUGAUCGUUUGGAGUACAACAUGGGCGAGCGGGCUCCGGGUUUGAUCAGGACGCGCGGCAAGGGACGAGUACCGCGGAGACCGGAGGGCGGGUAUGCCUUGCACGUCACCCCGCUCGGAGACACCGAGCAAGAGCCGUACGUGGCGUAUAAUGACGGCACGCAGCGUCCGCUGAAUGACGACGAGCGCGAGUUAUCUCGUCAAAAGACGCCUAGACGACGGCGUCGUUUGCUGUAG